AUGUCGGGCCCAAUCGAUCCCGCAUCGGGACAAACGCUGCCCAUCGACGCUAUCCAACGAGUCCUUUUCGUCUGUAGCCCCGUACACGUCUACGCGAUACCACCUUUAACCUCAAUGAAGGGCUACACAGCCGCCGACUGGACUGUUCCAGACCCAAAAAACAACAACAAAACCCGCCAAAUCUUCACAGCCCGACUACGCGUCCUUGAAACCGCAAUACCCCCUCCGCCAGCUGCGCAAUCCCAAUCCCAAUCCCAUCCAGGAGCAACAGCAGCAGGUAUGCAAGUAAAAGUAAAGACGGAUAUCCUUCUCGAAGACCCAGAUACCGGCAACCUAUUCGCAGCGGCACCAUACACGGAUCCAGCCGCCGUCGAACAUGCGAUUGAUUCCUCGCGCUUCUUCGCUUUAUGUGUUGUAGGCGAUGGGCGGAAGGCGACACUGGGUAUUGGAUUUGAAGAUAGGAGCGACGCGUUUGAUUUUGGCGUCACGCUGCAGGAGGCGAGGAAGAUGUUGGGAUUUUCACAGGGUGGGCAGACGACUUCAUCGGAUCCGGGGAGAGAGGCCGCGAGAGGUGGGGCUGGGGUGAAAGGGAGGAUCGGAGCUGGGCUGGGGGCAUCACAAAGGUCUAGAUCAGGCAGCCCAGCACAGCCACCAAAAGAUUACAGUCUGAAACCUGGGCAGACAAUUAGUAUUAAUAUUGGCGGAAGGAAGGCAAUGGCUACGUCUAAGGAUCAGGUUUCCAGUCCUGCUACGGCUGCUGAGGAGGAACAGACGGCACUGUUUUCUAUCCCCCCGCCGCCGCCGCCGGCGGUGUCAAGAGUAGGGGAUGAUUCCUCUUCAGGGUUCCCGAUGAUCGCGCCCCUUCCAUCCAGUGCACGGGGUAAUCGAAGACGGAGGCCACAAUCUAUGUUGAAUAUGGAAGAGAAGAAGGUGGUUCAGGGGUUCAGUGAUGAUGACGGUAGUGGGGAGUUUGGGGAAUUCCAAUGA